UUCUGAAUUCAUGUCACAGAGUGAUCUGGUUGCUUGUAUAAUAAUGUUCCUUAAAGCAACGUCAGAACUCACAGUCAUAUUUACGGAGGAAGACUGUUCUAUAUCAGACAUAAAGACUUCUGAUUCAGUUGUAUACUAG